UUAGGCUGGCACAAGACAGCGUAUUCACCACAAAUCAUUCGGCGAGCCGUUAAUGUCCAAAAUAGUGAUUUUCCAAAUAAAAGUUAAAUACGACCUGGGAUACAUGUUAAAUAUUUCACCGGACAGGGAGUCCUUGGUUUACAAUGCCGACAUAACCCAAAUUCAUCCCUAAAGCGGAAUGUGUCAGUCUAUCUCUGACCUACACGAAUGCAGUUGUUAAAUCAUAAUUACAGUACGGUAAAUAGUUGUAUCAAAAGUACUUCAAGGUCAUAAAUGUGAAACAAAUCUAUUAACAACCUUAAGUACGGCGCUAACUGAGCCACAUGACCACAUAUUCUUACACCACUGAACAAACUCGUUCAUGGCCUGUAAAUUCGUAACGUCAACACAUCGUAUUUUAGAUUAGAUUAGAUUAAACUUGAUUGUCAUUACACGUCACAAGUGUCGGGCAACGAAAUGCAGAUCGCAUGCAACCAAAAGUGCAUAGGCAAUAAUUGAACAGCAUCAUCGUUACCCCAAUAGUGUAGCCGCUUAAGUUAUAUUUUUAUGUUUUCAGAAAACAAAAAAACAAAAAAAAAAACAAUCUCAACAAACAAGGAGAGUCCAAUCGCUUCAAUUGGACCUUUGCAGAUCACCAUGAACUGGAGAAUUUACACAAAGAAAAAACAUUAAAUUAUUUUUUAUUUUUUUUAGCAAACAUAUUGGUUUUGUUUUUCAUACUGUAAUAUAUAACAGUAAGUUAAAAAUUACUUGGGCAGUUAUGCUAUAAGGCUAACGAUAUACAGUGUGGUAUGGUAUUUGAGUAUAUUUCAACAUAAGUGUCUAUUUCUAUAGAUAUGAACAGGCUAUGACUAUGAUCAUGAGUUACAAAUAGUGCAAUAGCUAUACAGUAUGAUAACGUUACAGUAUGUACAGUGCACUAAAAAAGAUAUUUCAAUAUUGUUUUAAAUCGAAGACCCCAUGUAAUUUUUAACAAACUGUUCACGGAUCCAUCCAUACAGGAUCAGCGACCAACUUUUGGGUCCCUACCCACCAGUUGAGAAUCCCCGAUGGAGUAGAUGCCAAGCUACCAUUCGCUAAGAUGAUUUUGAUAGUGUUGGAUGCAUUUAAGGCAACUAGUGUUCAUUUCUGGCUCCACCGUAGUUCAUGACAGUUUGGCGUUUGCAUUCGCGCGCUGACGCUAGCUCACGGUCGCCGUGGCAACAGUUGACAGAGUAUAGCUCGGGGUCAACCUACUUGUUCGGGGAGAGGAGUGAAGGUGGCUAUCGAAGCUGGCUUUUUUCCAUGUUGUUGUUCUGUGUGAAAGGCACGAGGCGGAAUGACGGGUUGAGGGCCACACAUGAAAGCCCCUUUCACACUGCCUCUAAAAUGCUUUUUUAUUUAUUUUUUUUGUCGUGUGUGAAAGGUAGUGACUACUACUGGUACUGCAAAAUGGACCCGCAAAUUUCCCAGCUUUCGAGGUGGUAUCAGAAGCCCUAAACACACUGCACGUCAAAGCUAUCUUUAAAAAGAAUUUCAGUGUCAUUCAUUUGUGUGAUACGAAGUUGACCCGCAAAUUUGCCGACUUUCAGCGUUCAAUUAAAGCCCCUUUCACGCUUUUUGUUUCUGUGUGAAAGGUUCUGACGCAGAAUGAGCAAAUACAAAUCCACUCAAUAAGUAUACGUAUGUUGUGUUUUACAAAAAUACAUUGUCGCCACCAAUGAUCAUCGCGCAGGUUCACUUCAAUUGAAUGGGAGCGGAUGACGAGCAUAGCCUCAAAAUAUUUCCCUCUCUUUUAAUUUUCACCCAUGUCCCCUUUCAGAUCAUGCUCCCUAUUAGCAGGCCAGCAAUCCAACGCUUGGUGAAUUGUGCUUCACAAUGAUAGUGACCUCGUAGGACGCAACGUCGCUACGAAUGCUUGGCCGCCCCAAGUUUGUGGAUGCUAGUAGACACCGUAAUAUGAACCAAUCAGAGCCAAGCUGUUUUCCAUAUUUAGAGUGGGGAAGAUGCGCGCACACCAGAAAGAGCAGCACAAUGUCCAUUGAAUUGAAGUAAAAAAACGGGGGGCUUAAUUUUUUUUUUACAUUUAAUCAUAUCAUGACUGUAUUGUGUAGUCACAGACCAAAUUAAACUGAUGUACCUUAAACAUCUUAAGUAUAGUAACAAGUAUUUACACUUCAGAUACAGCCCAAUGCAAGGUUAACGCCAUUAACCCCACCAAGGAUUCGUCGGAACUACUUCAAAUUAAGAAGUGCAGUACAACAUUUGAUUCAGUUUUUCUUCGGAAAGUACAAACUCAAGGCUGUCGCUAAGUUUUUGCUGGCUCUGUAAAAAGAUGAAAGCGUCACGUCUGUAUCCUGUAUCUGUAUCCACACUUGCGGAUGAGCACACGUUGCCUUGACCUCAGACAGCCGUUGGAGCGGUAAUCUAGAGGUUCGUCUCGCAGGCACCUCUCAACAUGCUCAUUGUCCCUUCAGGAGCCACAGUCUCCUCCAGAGAGGUCCGGGCGCCGACGCAGCAUGCCCGGCAGCCCAACGGACAAAACUCCGCCCACCAUGGAGGCCACGUCCGCCGCCGCAGCCACUACACCAUUCAGAGUCACCGUGAGUACUGGCUUCCUGAGUCGGCGGCUGAAGGGCUCCAUCAAGCGCACCAAGAGUCAACCCAAGCUGGACCGCAACUCCAGCUUCAGACACAUCUUGCCGGGGUUCAGGAACGUGGACAAUGACAGAUCUCAUCUGAUGCCAAGGCUGAAGGAGUCUCGCUCCCAUGAGUCACUGCUCAGUCCCAGCAGCGCUGUGGAAGCCCUGGACUUAAGCAUGGAGGACGAGGUUAUCAUCAAACCCGUGCACAGCAGCAUCCUCGGCCAGGACUACUGCUUCGAGGUGACGACCUCCUCGGGGAGCAAAUGCUUUUCCUGCCGUUCGUCAGCUGAGAGAGACAAAUGGAUGGAGAACCUGAGGAGGGCCGUGCAGCCAAACAAGGACAACAGCCGGCGGGUGGAGAACAUGCUGCGACUGUGGCUCAUCGAGGCCAAGGACCUCCCUGCCAAGAAGAAGUACUUCUGUGAACUGUGCCUGGAUGACGCACUGUAUGCUCGCACCACCUGCAAACUCAAAACGGACAAUGUCUUUUGGGGUGAGCACUUUGACUUCAAUAACCUGCCGGCGUUGCGUGCUAUCACGGCGCACCUCUACAAGGACACGGACAAGAAGAAGAAGAAGGACAAGAACAACUACGUCGGACUGGUCAGCAUCCCUGUGGCAGCGGUGACUGGUCGGCAGUUUGUGGAGAAGUGGUACCCGGUCAGCAUGCCUAACCCUGCCAAGGGCAAAACGUCUGGACCCAUGAUCCGCAUUAAAGCGCGGUACCAGAGCAUGAACAUCCUCCCCAUGGAGAUGUACAAGGAGUUUGCCGAAUACACCACGAACAACUACAUGCUGCUUUGCUCCGUGCUCGAGCCCGGCAUCAGCGUCAAGAACAAGGAAGAGAUGGCAUGCGCGCUGGUGCAUAUUCUGCAGAGCACUGGCAAGGCCAAAGACUUCCUGACAGACCUGAUGAUGUCGGAAGUGGACCGCUGCGGAGAGAAUGAGCACCUGAUCUUCCGCGAGAACACGUUGGCGACCAAAGCCAUCGAGGAGUACCUCAAACUGGUGGGCCAGAAGUACCUGCAGGACGCCCUUGGCGAGUUCAUCAAGGCGCUGUACGAGUCAGAUGAAAACUGCGAGGUGGACCCGUCUAAGUGCUCCUCGGGUGACCUCCCGGAACACCAGAGCAACCUGAAAAUGUGCUGCGAGCUGGCCUUCUGCAAGAUCAUCAACUCGUACUGCGUUUUCCCGCGAGAGCUCAAGGAGGUGUUCGCGUCGUGGCGGCAAGAGUGCAGCAACCGCGGCCGUCCGGACAUCAGCGAGCGGCUGAUCAGCGCCUCGCUCUUCCUGCGCUUCCUGUGCCCGGCCAUCAUGUCACCGUCACUUUUCAACCUGAUGCAGGAGUACCCCGACGACCGCACGGCGCGCACCCUCACGCUCAUCGCCAAGGUCACGCAGAACCUGGCCAAUUUCGCCAAGUUCGGGAACAAGGAGGAGUACAUGUCCUUCAUGAACCAGUUCCUGGAGCACGAGUGGAGCAACAUGCAGCGCUUCCUGCUGGAGAUCUCCAACCCGGAGACCAUCUCCAACACGGCCGGCUUCGAGGGAUACAUCGACCUGGGCCGCGAGCUCUCCACGCUGCACUCCCUCCUCUCCGAGGUGGUCUCCCAGAUGGACCAGAGCGCCACCUCCAAGCUGGGGCCUCUGCCAAGGAUCCUGCGGGAGGUAAGCGUGGCGCUGAGCAACCCGGCCGGCGUCCACGCGGCGCCCGGGGGGUCGCCGGAGCAGACGGGCUCGUCGCCGGGCGAGGCCGGCUGCAGCAUCUCCACGGGUCUGCAGAAGAUGGUCAUCGACAACGACCUCACAGGAUUGGUCGAUUUCACCCGGCUACCCUCCCCCACCCCUGAAAACAAGGACUUGUUUUUCGUAACGAGGAGCUCAGGGAUUCAGCCUUCUCCGGCACGCAGCUCGAGUUACUCCGAGACCAACGAGCCUGAGCUCGGCAUGGCCAACGGCAGCAAGAGUCUGUCCAUGGUGGACCUGCAGGACCCCCGCAGUCUGGAAGGCGGCGGCCUCAGUCCCGGCCCCUCGGACGCCCUGACGGAUGUUCCGGUCUCCGUGGGAGGCUGGUCCGCCAGGGUGCCUCAGUGCAACAUCUCCGGAGGGCCCGCCGUGCGGAGGCCCGGCCAGACACCGACCACCCCGAGCACGGAAAACACCCCGGGCCGGUCCGCCCAGCUACUCGCGCCGCUGUCCUUCCAGAACCCGGUCUACCAGAUGGCCACGUGCCUCCCGGUGUCCCCUCGGGGUCUGACCGACUCGGGCUCCGAGUGCCACAGCUCGGUCAGCUCCCACAGCAACAACGAGGACGGGCCACCUGGCGGGAGGCACCCCUUCCUGAACCACGGCGGCGGGAGCAGCGGCGACGAGUACGCCCGACGCUCGGGCGAGUUCACCCGCCGACAGCUAUCCCUCACCGAGGCGCAGCACCAGCCCGCCGUACCCCGGCAGAACAGCGCCGGCCCCCAGCGGCGGAUAGACCAGCCCCCUCCGCCCCAGAACGUGACACGCGGCCGCACGCCGCCAAAUUUGCUCAAUAGCUGCGUCUACGCCCGGCCCAGCUCGGGCGGCGGCAUGAUGACUUCGUCGCCCGACUGGCCCAUGGGGGGCGCCCGCUUGCGGCAACAAUCGUCCUCGUCCAAGGGGGACAGUCCCGAGACCAAGCAGAGGGCGCAGCACAAACAGGCCCCCUCCCCAGUGAACCCCAGUGCGCUGGACCGCACGGCAGCGUGGCUUUUGAAUAUGAAUGUGCAGUAUUUAGACCAUGAGGCCAUGGAGCACGACUCACUGAGGCACAGAGAGGAUCUGACGCAGGUGCAGAAGUACCAGCAGGAGAUUGCGCUGCUGCAGGAGAAGCUGCGUGCCUCGGUGCAGAAGCUGGAGGAGUAUGAGGCCCGUCUCAAGGGCCAGGAUGAGCAAGCCCAGAAGGUCCUGAUGGAGUACCAGGCCCGGCUGGAGGAAUCGGAGGAGCGCCUGCGCCGGCAGCAGGACGACAAAGACCUCCAGAUGAAGGGUAUCAUCAGCAGGUUGAUGUCGGUGGAGGAGGAGUUGAAGAAAGAUCACUCGGACAUGCAGGCGGUGGUGGACUCCAAACAGAAGAUCAUUGACGCACAGGAGAAGCGCAUCGCGUCCCUGGACGCCGCCAACACUCGCCUCAUGAGCGCCCUGACGCAGAUGAAGGAGCGCAGUACGCAGUCGCGCAACGGCAUCUCGCCGACCAAUCCCACCAGGUUGCAGAUCACCGAGAACGGAGAGUUCCGCAACAGCAGCAACUGUUAGACUCCAACAAAAAAAUAAAAAAAUAAAAAAAAUUAAAAAAAAAGGGACCUAUGACAGAAAGUUUUCCUUCUCAGUUGGCGAGAUGCCCCCUCACCCCCACGUGGGAUGGGACGGAAGAGGCGGACUUCAAGGGUGGCGAUUCGCCCGAUGGGGGUUUGGCCAUGAGGGCAGGAUCACAGGUUGUACAUAUGAAUGCGUACGUACAAAAAGACAAUUUGACGUCCGGGGGCGAACCACUACGUCUUUCUCGACGACUACUUACAAGCCAGUCGAGGACGCUUCGCUAGCGCUUUAGCUUCAAGUCGACGUUUCUAACGAACCAAAUAGGAGUUAAAAAUCCUGAUGUUUUUAAGUCCGAAACGACCUCCACUUUCAGCCAUUGGGUGGGUCCCCGGUCUGCGCCCCCUACAGUCCCACUCGGGCCCCCCUGGUAGUGCACUUUGUGGAAGCUAUUGGUACAUGCAAUGCCUUAAGCUAAGGAUGGCGACUUUAUUCCACAGCUUCCCUAUUUCUGCAAAAAGUUUUAAGAAGACAGGAAAAAAGGCACAAUUAUAUACUGUGGAUUUGUAAAGGAUAGAGCUUGUACAAACGUAUAUGUAUUAUGUAAGUAAAUGAGAUUUAUGUGAUACUAUAUUGAUGCAAUUUAAUAUAGAUGUAUGCAUUUCCUUUUUUGGGGGGGGGGGGGCUUCUGGAGUAUACACACGUACGUACACACACGGCUAUAUUUGAUAAUGUCAAAGGUAAAAGCAGACUUGUAUUUAGGAGUUUUAUUUUUAUGCUUCUAAAAGGAUGACUGACGAGAGCGUGUAGGUUUUCUUGUACCGGUUGGAUGUUAUGGUGAUGGACUUGCUAUACACUGGACUGGCCAGACCACCAAGGAAGGGUCCAUUCCUUUCCUUCCUGUCUGGUGAUUCGUUGAGGUCCAAAAAAUUAAUUGAUUAAAGCAGAGUCUUCUUCCUUCGGGGGUGGUUGGAUCUUCCCUAAACCUGCCCCGGCAACCUAAUCCCCCUAAAUCCAACCAGUAUACUUCAGAACCAUACCCCGAAAUAUGUCUCCUGUGUUCCCCAACAAAAACCCUCCUAACCAGUCCUACCCUCAACCUGACUCGAAAAUCCAAAAUAUGUCUUGGCUAAAGCAGAAUCUUCUUUCCAGGUUCGACCCUAAACCUUACCACUAUUUCACCGGGUCCCAAACCGUACCCCUAAUCUACUCUCCUGUAGCCUUGCCUAAAACCUACCCCAAUCCAAACCGUCCAACCUCGUCCUUCCCUCAAGCCGCCAUGAAAAUCCAAAAUGUGACUUUCCAGGUUUGACCAUAAAUUAACCCUGACACCCUCAUCUCCUCAACUCGACCACUAUUACCUCUAACCCCAAACCCUACCACAUUGUUAAUCUGCUGUAGUGCCGAUCCUAACCUAAACCCUCCAAUCUUGUCCUACACUUACCCUGACUUGAAAAUCCAAAAUGUGACUCAGUUAAAGCAGAAUCUUCUUUCCAGGAAUGACCCUAAACCCCGACUACUCCACUCCCUAAUCCCAAACCGUACCCCAGCUCUAAUAACCUGAAUUUUAUCCUAAAUCCUACCCCAACACCAACCUUCCUUAAAACUAGGCCCUAAAAACAACCAUUCUUUCCAUACUACUUUUAAACCUCCUAAAAACACAAACCAUACCUUAAGAUUUCAGAUUCCAUGAAACACUACCGAAUCUCUGCUCCCCAGGGUUCUCCUGAAUGCGUCCUGCUACUUCACCCAUUGCUAAUAUUCUAUCCUACCCAAUUAGCGGCAGUAGCUACGCUAUAUGUUACCAAUUAGGAGGGCCAACGGUUUGUUGAAGACGCAUGAGUGAAUAGAGCACACAUUAUUUGUCGUCAAGAAAUGACCGUUUUCUGACCAAUUAAGUGAAAUUAAAUAAUCGGUUGGGAAUCAUUGGUAUAUGCGAUAGUGGGAACGUGUAAAAAAAAAAAGAAAAAGUUAAAAAAAAGACACUCACUAUUUUUGACUUAAAAUUAUGUUUUUCUUUGUAAUUGUGACCUCGCGCUCAAACUCUGCUGUAUCGUCAUCCUGUGUGUUGUAAAUGCAAACUAGCACCGCUAGCAGUGUGCUGCUAUUGCUAGCCAAAACGAGACAACAAGUUAUCGUGUAAGGGGGUUCGGUUUGGGGUCACUCUUUCUUGAGAUUGAGAUUGGCGAGCACAAUCGUUGCUUUCUCAUGGCUCAAACGUCUAUGCACUUUUACGUUAAGUGGCUGGUGUUAGCUUGUUUGUUUUUUCUUUUUGUUAACUAAAGAAAAGGGAGCGCUAGGACUGUGAUUGUUAUUUGUAAAACGUCAAAAUAUGCCACAAAAACAUCACGCCAAGAGACUAUGCAGCAUUUUUCCCCACCUUCAAUUUUUACGUUACUUUUGAAAUAUUAACGAGAUUUCAUCAAAACUUUAAGCUACUUGACCAAGACCGCCAAAAAUCACUAGUUUGGGCCAUUUGUAAAUGUCCAAAAACCCCUAGAUGGUUUUUUUUUAUGAUUCCAGAAUUUUAGGACUUUUAACAACCAGCGACUUUUCUGCCUUUUUGUUUUAUUUACUUAAGAUACUAACAUUUUAUUAUUAUUAUUUCCCCAAAAAUGGAAACAACAUUUUCUCUUUUUUUUAAAAAAAAAAAGGAAUUUAUACUUAGAUGGAUUUUGGUGAUGGAAUUGUCGAAAUUGGUGAUCAACACCUUUUUCGUCUUUUUCUGUUAUCUGCUAAAUUAAUAUAGUUUUUUUUUUUUUUUUUUUUUUUUUAAAUUCAAACCGUUGGAUAUUGGUGUGCCCUGAACACUCGUACGCACAGCAAACUUUUUUUUUUUAGCUCAGUGGCCAAAAUGUUGCACAGUCUCUGUUUAAAAAUAAAAUAAAAUGUAAAAAAAGUUUGAAUUGCGUUGAUGUCUUAGAUGCUGCUUACACAGAUGGAAGAAAUGCCUGGUUUGACUUAAUUUAAACGAGUUGGUUUAGCCCCUGCUAUGCUGUGCUACGCUACGCUAACACCGCCAAGUUUACAGUCAGGAGGCGCUCCAAGACCAAUCAGCUAUACAUAGAGCAAAAUAUGCUGUAUGUUUUCUAUGAACUUGUAGAAAAUACUUUUUGUAAGUAUGUUGAAAGUAUUUGUUGAAUUCCGUUCUGUUUAUUAGGUUAUUUUUUGUUGUUUGUUUUCUCUUUUUGCAACAAAACGUGACAAAACAAUAAUGUACAGAGGAACUUGUGUUGUCCAAAUGUGGCCGUGCAAUGUAUGUACAUUUGCAACAAAACCUAUUAUUAAAGUUUUAUUUAGCUAUUUUAA